AAACCAAUUCAGUGAUCGUCCUACGAUUGCUUGCUGCAGGCUCGGCAAGCCAAGCCCGAACAAGGUUACUCAGUACAGAUACAGUACUUUAGUUAUCUUCGGCCCUGUACUGUAGUUAUCUUCGGUCCUCCGACAUUUUUAUAAUGUUUGCCGAAUGCCUUUAUAUUACCGUACUUCCUGCACUUUAAAGCGCCUGUUAGUAUUCUUCGUCAUCUGCAUACGACGCCAUACGUACAUAACACAGUCAGAUCCGGUCCAAAGCAGCCGAGCUCUGCUGUGGUUAGUGCAGUACAAGACAGCAAACUGGAGCAUCGCAAAUCGUUUCAAAAACGUUGGCUAGCUAAGCACAGGGUCGGACAUUUUUCUACGAUUUAUUGGUUUCAUUUUACUGCAGACACAACAUACGUAUAACGGGUUCAGCGCCUGGAAAUACACCCGUUCAGAGCCUAUUCUGUCCACAAAGACUGUUAAAAGUUAAAUUCUGAAAAUGUUGAAUUGUGGAUUAUUUGCUGUUGAAUCGAACAAACCGAUUCCACUGAGCGCUAUUCAUUACGAUGUGGACGUCAAAGGAUUUGCCGGUUCCAUCACUAUUAACCAGACUUUCCAGAACGUCGAAUCCACGGAUCAUCUGGAAUGCGUGUACGGAUUCCCGAUGAACGACCAAGCCGCUGUCACGGGCUUCACCGUGAAGAUCGACGACCGUACACUGAUCAGUCAGUACAAGAAGAAGGACGAAGCCUUCAAGGAAUACAACGCCGCGCUGCAACGCGGAGACGGCGCGUAUCUUCUGGACCAGGCGGAUCGCAGCGACGACACCUUCGUGCUGAGUGUGGGCAGACUGCCGCCCGGGAAGGAGUGCGUGGUCAGCAUCAACUACGUCUGCACACUGGACAGCGUCAGCGAGACGAAGCAGCGACUCCUCAUUCCCAUGGCGCUCUUCCCGCGAUACAAUCCGAAUCCGGCAGGUGUACUCGACUUAACUGCUGCACCAGAGAAAUACGCUGCAACGGUGUCGUAUAAAGCGACGCUGGAUGCCAAAAUCGAAACUUUGGAUAAAGUGAAAUCAGUUUCCUCUGUCUCACAUCCGAUUGCUGUUAGCAUUAUUGAACACAAAUCUGUUAAGGUCACUUUCGGUGCGCAGCAGCAACCAGUUGACCGUGAUUUGGUAAUCGAUAUUGAGAUCCAAAAUAAUCCCCAACAUUACGUUUUCGUGGAGCGCGUCGACGGUGAUCAGUUUGUCGGCAUGUAUUCGUUCGUCCCACAACUCGAAACAGAUAGCCAAAAAGUCCUGAGUGAGCUUGAGCUGGUCUUUGUCGUGGACUGCUCCGGAUCGAUGGAAGGAGAUAAAAUCGAAGACGCGAAGCGGGCGAUGCAAAUUUUCCUCCGAAGCAUUCCAGAAGGAUGUUAUUUCAACUUUUACCGCUUUGGUAGUACAUUUGAAUCAUUGUUUCCUGAAAGCAAACUCUACUCUGAAUUAACGUUCAAAGCUGCAAAAAGCUAUGCUGAUGCCACAGCUGCCAAUUUGGGAGGAACAGAGAUCCUUCAACCGUUGCACAAGAUUUUUGCAACUCCUGCGCUUUCCGGUUUUUCUCGGCAAUUAUUUAUUUUGACCGACGGUGAAGUUAGCAACACAGAACAAGUAAUAGAUCUCGUCAAGAAAAAUGCGUCGGAUUCCAGAGUGUUCUCAUUCGGGAUCGGCGACAGCUGCAGUCGCUCAUUGGUCAACGGAAUCGCGUUGGCUGGCAACGGGAAAUCAGAGUACUGCAAACACGGAGAAAUAUUGGAAGACAAAAUCGGCCGCCAUCUGGAACGAGCGUUGCAGCCUGCCGUUGUACAAGCGAGUGUUUUGUGGGAAGGAGUGAAGAACGUUCAACAAGUGCCGUAUGUGCUACCUCCCGUAUUCCGCGGUGACCGGCAAAUCGCUUAUGCGUUCUUUGAAGUUGGAGAGACAGAGCAGAGUCCAAAGGUCAUCCUGCAGCUCAAAGACCAAGUGGCCGAGCAAACGCCUUUCAAGUACCCAGUGAACGAAAGCAGUCCCGGCAUCCAAAAACUCGCAGCGCGAGCCCUUAUAAAAUUCCUUGAGACAGCUCCAAGUGGGAGCUAUUUGGCUGCCAACGGUGGUUCAUUACAAAGACGAAAUAAUGAUCCGAUACAAAUGAUGCAGGAGGCAGCCAGUGAUCCGAAUAAUAAGAAAAAAAUUACAGAAAUAUCCCUAAAAUAUGGUGUAAUGUGUAAGUACGUUUCGCUCCUAGCUGUUGAACAGCGAGUAAGCGGUAUAGCAAAGGAGAUGCAGUUAAGAGAAGUUCCUGUGCAAAUGUCAGCGUCGCGCUCGCAGUUUGGUUUAGGAUACAAGGCUACGCCCACAAGUGUCUUCCAAGGCUAUCAACAAUCUCAACAGGCAAUUGGAGGUUGGUUCCGAAAUUCAGCGCCGGUCCAGUUUGGACAGGCUUUGUCUCAGUCAGGUGGUCCACCAUUGUUUGGAAGUGUCUACGGAAGUUCUGGCUCAUAUAUUAGUACUCCAUGCUCGUCUGGGAAUUUCGGAGCGCAACCAUUUUCCAGCUUUGGAGGUAUGACAUUUGGCAGUUCUGGAAAUCAUCCGACUUUUGGACGUUCGAUGGCGUCUGCAACUGCCGGAACGCAAUUGUUCGGAAAUUCUGGGGCACAAUCUUUAUUUGGCAGUUCAACAUCAGCCAGCACGACUGCAAACACUGCUGGUUUUUCGUUUGGAAAUGCAGGAACAUGGACACACUAUUCUGCUCCCUUCGCUCAUGAACUGUCGAAAGAUUCUGCUGCUGCCAUCGAUAUCUUAUCCGAGCUUCAGAAUUCUGCUACACCGUCCGCUACAUCGUUUGGAAGUGCUGGCGUACAGUAUGAAAAUUCUGGUGCACAAACCGAUUUUGGAUCACAUCAGCCCGCGCAGCAGCAGCAGCAGUAUUCCGACAUGGAGCGAACCGGCGACGUGGAGAUGUUCGACGCAACACUGUGUCACAAGCCGGUUUUAAACCAGGUCUUGGAUUUACAGCAGUGGAACGGCACCUGGGAAUUUUCGAUGCAUUUAGAGCGAAUUCUCGGUGUCACUCAGGAUUCCGCAGCGAAUAACGCCGGCGAGAUGCUUGAUGUGGUUGUCCUGGCGACAUUGCUGGUUGUGGCUUAUCUGAAUGCUAAACAUGCCGGUCAAGUGCACAUUUGGCAAGCCAUUGCUAACAAAGCGUUGACCUUUGUUCGGAAGCACAUUUCUGCUGAGAAGGAAGCUGUCGUGUUAAAGAAUUUGCAAAAUUUGUUCUAAACAGAGUUUGAAAGAUUUGUUUUUCUUUAUUAGUUUUGAGUUUGUAUAGCGCACACGUACAGUGUAGUUACUAAAAAUUUAACCGAAGAAACUACAGAAUUAGCAGUGAUUCUGGCUCGCUUCUAAGGCUAUCAGUUUGGAAUUCCCAGGGCGUUGUUUUUUUUUCUUUUACCGUAAAUGUUCAUCUUACAUAUGAUCUUGUUUUGAGUAAAUUUUUAAUUGG